AUGGCGGAAGUCCUCUGCGGCGUCUGCAACGCAGAGCCCAAGAAGUACAAGUGCCCGACUUGCGCGCUCCCAUACUGCUCACUAUCAUGUUUCAAGACACAUAAAACAACGCAUUCUGACACUACCGAGGUCGCCCCGAAACCAGCAGAACCAGUUCUUCCACAACCACCACCACCCGCCCCGAUACCACGAUAUCUAAAGCAGCGCACCGAUUUCUCCGUCCUAGCAACAAAUCCGAAAUUCCAAGCACUACUCAAGACUCACCCGAUGUUACUGGCCUCCCUCCAACGCGUCUACGCCAAGACUAUACAACCAGAUCCUGAGGAUGAGAAACGGCGGCGCAUGCUGGAACGAAACGCUUUCCGAGGUCGGGGUACACGAGGGAGAGGCCGAGGGGGAAGAGGUGGUUGGAAUAGAUCGGAAGAUAAGCAAGAAAAAUGGACUCAGAAGAAGGGCGAUAAGGACGCGAUGGCCGAAUUGAAAGGAAUAAGAGACGGGCAGGGGAAAGAGGGAGAACAAGAUGCCAUAGCUGAGUUUGUUGGUUUAGUUGAAGAGAUGUUUGGGAAGCAUGAGAAGGAUCCGAUGGAAGAGGUCUGA